UGUCCCGCAGGGCCGCAGCCGCGGUGGCCGCGGUGGCCUUGGGCACAGCCGGGCCCUCCCUCCUCGGUCCCCCGCCCCGCGCCCCUCCCCCCAGGCGCGGACGGACCCCGGCCCUGCCCCGCCUGGCCUGAGCUGCAGCCGGCGACCCGGCGGCCCCACGAUGUCGCAGACGGCCAUGGCCGAGACCUACGACUUUCUGUUUAAGUUCUUGGUUAUUGGAAACGCAGGAACUGGCAAGUCGUGCUUGCUUCAUCAGUUCAUCGAAAAGAAAUUCAAAGAUGACUCAAAUCAUACAAUAGGAGUGGAAUUUGGUUCAAAGAUCAUAAAUGUCGGCGGUAAAUAUGUGAAGUUACAGAUAUGGGAUACAGCAGGACAAGAACGAUUCAGGUCCGUGACGAGAAGCUACUACCGAGGUGCGGCCGGGGCGCUCCUGGUCUACGACAUCACCAGCCGAGAAACCUACAAUGCGCUUACUAAUUGGUUAACAGAUGCCAGAAUGCUAGCAAGUCAGAGCAUCGUGAUUAUCCUCUGCGGAAACAAGAAGGACCUCGACGCCGACCGCGAAGUCACCUUCCUGGAAGCCUCCAGGUUUGCUCAGGAAAACGAGCUGAUGUUUCUGGAAACAAGUGCACUCACAGGGGAGAAUGUGGAAGAGGCUUUUGUACAGUGUGCAAGAAAAAUACUCAACAAAAUUGAGUCAGGUGAGCUGGACCCAGAAAGAAUGGGCUCGGGAAUCCAGUACGGGGACGCCGCCUUGAGACAGCUGCGGUCGCCGCGGCGCGCCCAGGCCACCAGCGUGCAGGAAUGUGGCUGUUAGGGGCUGCACAGGCUCCCAGGUGUCCAUACGGUAUGUGGGACACAGCCAUGGGAGCCUGAAGAUUCUGAAGUUUUUUACCACCAACUUUUUCUACUCUUUACGGAAGUAGAUCUCUGUGGGGAAGAAAUAACUUGGGGUGUUCUGCAGCGGGAAGUCGCGGCACACGGAGCCCUGUAAUAAAUCUGAUUCCGUGGACACCACCUUUAGAUGUAUAUAUGUAUGUAAAAGUCUCCUGUUCCAUGUCUUUCCUCUCACACUCGGUUUAAAGCACGGCUGUGUACUGUGUGUGUUCUAGCCCGGCUCGUCUCCACAGCAUGGGCUGUGAUGUCCGAUGCGACAGAAUGCCGCACUAAAUGCAGUUCACUGUUUCUUUUAAUCAUAUGAACUAAAAUGUGUUAAUUGUGAGUAUGCUUUUCCCAUCACGUCGGGUAUAUCGCACGGUUGGUUAUACGUAUGACCUGAUAGUCAAAGGCUCUGGUAUUGCUCGCCAGUGCAUUUCUUAUUUAAUUGUUUACCACAUUUACAUGGUGUUUACAUGACCCACACUUGAAAUACGAGAUCAGGAGUCAUUCACUAACACACCAAAAUAAAAUGAAAAAUGGAGUUUUUCCAUGAGCUCUGCACUGUCCAAGUCUCCGUUGAUUUUAGAGCAUCUGCACCCGGAUCGAUGCGGGAAAUACACGGCAGGGCCGGCUCUGUUUUAGGCGAUGUGGUCAGCACCUUGAACCGCACCUACCAGGCACCUAAUUCUGCUCUCAGCGGUUGGUGCAACGUGGUGGAACGUGGAAGCUGGGGCUGUCCGUCUAUCUCCAGCUUGUUGGUCUGUCCAGCCUCCCUGCUAGAAAACAGUGUUUGCCACAGGCUGCCCUGGGAAUUCAGUAUAAUGGUAUCACUGCCUCUUUUUCAAAUUUUUUAGUUUUGUGUUCAUUUUAAGGAAACACACUAAGUCUAGUUAAUAUUAAAAGGAUACGGCUCAUUAAGAAAUUCCAAAAACUGUAUAGUUAAAUGCCUUACUACAGUUAACAUGUUUUUAAUUCACAUAAGGUGUACUGAUGAAUAAUAUAAUAUAUAGUUAUAUACUAUAUAUAUAUAUAGUAUAUAUUAUAUUACAAAGACUUGCUCUAUUUUAAAAUGUCAAUGCAGAGAACAUACAACAGAACCUUUCCUUUAGUUUAAACACAGUAUGAUGUAAGUCUGAAAGCGUUCUUCACCUUGUGUAAGCACUUCCACUGUUACUUUUUGGCUGCAUAUCAGUGAAUUUAAUUAACUUUCAGUUAGAGGCCACCACCUGCUUCUUUCAUCGUUUUAGUUUAACCGACAGAGCACAGAGACACACACAAACUCUGAGAAGUUAUUUGGAUAAAAAUAUCAGUAUGCAUCUCUUUUAGAUAUUUGAAGAUUUGCUUUUUUUUUUAAUGCCUUGAGUAUUCUAUUUUGAAAAGUCAGGAUCUGAAGCGAAUUCUCAGACUGACCUACAUGAACCUCGCUGGAAGAAUGUCUCAUUCAGUGUCUCAUUUAUGACAGCUUUGCAAGCUGCUCAUUUCUGAACAGCUUUUUGCAUGGGAUAGAAGCAUGUUCUAACACAUAAGUUUAUUCAAAAGCAAGAAUUUUAAAAAUAAGAUGAAUGCCACGUUGUUUCAUAAAUGAGCCUGUUAAUUAAACCACAGAUACAUGUAUCAUUCCACAUCCUGUAACCAAUAAAAGCUGCUGGAGAACCAAA